GCGCAUUGAAGAACCACGUGUGGAUCUGUCUUCUGGACCGCUGCAGCCUGAACUCAAGUCGCAUGAAGAUGGCGGACGGAGAAAUCGCCUCGGCAAAGAAGCACAAGAAAAAGAAGGAAAAUAAAGUUGCCGAUGACGAAGUUGGGGAUAUUCAGGAAAGUGGGGAUUUUCUCAUCAAACCAGAGUCCAGAGUUGCCAGUUUGGACACCUCUCAGUGGCCCUUGCUGCUCAAAAACUUUGAUAAGCUGAACAUCCGGACAGCUCACUACACACCCUUACCAAACGGCUCCAACCCCUUGAAAAGGAACAUCGUGGAUUAUGUCAGGACUGGAUUCAUCAACCUGGACAAGCCUGCCAACCCGUCAUCGCAUGAGGUGGUGGCCUGGAUCCGGCGCAUCCUCCGCGUGGAGAAGACUGGCCACAGCGGGACUCUGGACCCCAAGGUGACGGGCUGCCUGAUCGUCUGCAUCGACAGGGCCACGCGCUUGGUCAAGUCCCAGCAGAGUGCCGGCAAAGAGUAUGUGGGAAUUGUUCGGCUGCACAAUGCUAUUGAAAGCGAGCAUACACUUGCUAGGGGGCUGGAGACCCUCACAGGAGCGCUGUUCCAGAGGCCACCUCUCAUCGCCGCCGUCAAACGGCAGCUGAGAGUCCGGACCGUCUACGAGAGCAAGCUGGUGGAAUACGACCCAGAGAGAAGACUGGGUAUCUUCUGGGUGAGCUGUGAGGCGGGGACCUACAUCCGUACGCUGUGUGUCCACCUGGGGCUGCUGCUGGGGGUGGGGGGCCAGAUGCAGGAGCUGAGGAGGGUCCGCUCGGGAGUGCUGGGAGAGAGGGAUAACCUGGUGACCAUGCACGACGUGCUGGACGCUCAGUGGCAGUUUGACCACAACAAGGACGAGACGUACCUGCGCAGGGUCAUCUACCCCCUGGAGAAGCUGCUUAUCUCCCACAAGAGGCUGGUGAUGAAGGACAGCGCGGUCAACGCCAUCUGCUACGGCGCCAAGAUCAUGCUGCCGGGAGUUCUGCGCUACGAGGACGGCAUCGAGAUCAACCAGGAUAUCGUUGUCAUAACGACCAAAGGAGAAGCCAUUUGCUUGGCGGUGGCUCUCAUGACGACGGCGGUGAUCUCGACGUGUGACCACGGUGUCGUGGCCAAGAUCAAGAGGGUGAUCAUGGAGCGGGACACUUACCCACGCAAGUGGGGCCUGGGGCCCAAGGCCAGCCAGAAGAAGAUGAUGAUUCAGAAGGGGCUUCUGGACAAACACGGGAAACCCAAUGGCAGCACUCCCUCGGGCUGGAAGGAGGGCUAUGUGGACUACAAUGUGUCCAAGAUCAAAGUUGAAGAUGCCGCUGAGCCUGUGGUCACCAAGAGGAAGAGAGAGGCCAGUGACAGCGAGGGCGAAGCACCAGGCUCUCAACCCUCGGCUCCCAACACGCCGUCAGCGGAAGAAAUCAAGAAGGAGAAGAAGAAAAAGAAAAAAGACAAGAAGCAGAAAGUGAGCGAGGAGGCGCCUGCGGAAGCUGAAGAGGAGGUGGGAGAGAGUGCCAAGAAGAAGAAGAAAAAGAAGAAAGAGGCGGAUGCUGGGUCGGAGUGAACCGCCUGUGGGCUUCAAAUCACAGACAAUGAAAGGACCACUGGAAUGAGAUGUCCGGAAGAGUGCCUGCAGAUAUUCUGACGCUGGUUGGACAGGCAUUGGACGGGGCCCUGGCAGAGGGGGACACCCUACGUUGGAAUUUUUGUUUUUUCAGUUAAACCUACUGGGAGAGGUCAGCUUGAUUAUGAUACUGACCUUUAACCUCCAGUCCUCUCCUGGAUCACCUUGUUUUGUACUUGUGUGAAUGUUUGUUUAUCCCAUUUUUAAGUACUUGCCUUGUGGAUAUCCGCAUCCUCUGGGUCAAUCCUCAAACAUAAGAAAGCUGUCAAUGUUUUGUUUUUUAUCAUGUAAAUACAGAAAUGACAAAAGGAUAAACUGUCAUUUGAAAUGAACUUAAAUCUUUUUCUAAAACUUG